AUGCCGUGGUCGGACAUUGACUUGUACUCCUCAGACUACUCAAGUGGUUUGACGGAUGAGUACAAGUCUCACAAAACCUGCCAGGUGGAUGGCUGCAACAGGAACCGAGCCUACACCAAAGACCCGGACACCGAGGAGAGGCUCUACUCCAAGUUUUGCAAGAAGCACACCUGCCGCAAGCUCCUCUCCAUGAAGCUCGGCUUCCACUGCCCAAACUCCAAGAAGAAGGAUCACAACUUUUGUGAUCAGCACCGGAAGUGCGGCAUCAAAGACUGCCCCGAGCGCGGCGAGUGGUUCACCAAGAAAGACCCUGAAUGGAAGCAGUGGUACUGCCACAACCAUGCCUGCAAGGUGCCUGGCUGCCAAUCCCAAGCAACACCCUCCCGCCAAUACUGUGCUUCCCACAAGAACCACCCAACCUGCACCGAACCAGGCUGUACACGCCCCUGCGCAACAAACCCCGACGGCAAGCCCUUCCUCUACUGCAACGUCCACUACAGCGUGUUUCUUGCUCCGGAACUUGCGGGGUAUGAUCGGCGGAUGUGUGCUGAGCAUGCUAAGAAUGCUUUCGAAAUCCGCAACGAGGGCCGCGGACAUUGUCGGUCCGCUUCUGACUCGUUGCUGAAUCCUCCGGAUAUUGUUAUUGAUCUGGAUGGCCUCCGCGCACGCUUCGAUCGCCAAAAGGACACCCUCAACGACGCCGUCUCUGGCACCAGCGCCAGCUCUGCGGAGCCCGCUUCAUCCUAUAAGACCGCUCAUCGCACAAAGCGCUACUCAGAUAACUACGAGGAGCGCCUGCGCAUGGAGAGGGAGCGGUUGAAGCGGGAAGAGGAAGAGGAGAGGCGGAGAGAGACAAUCCAGCGCUUGGAGGAGAAGGUGGCGAGGAAGCAGGAGGAGAUGGAGCGGUUGGAGAAAGAGGAGCGGGAGAGGAGAGCCCGGCGGAGGGGCACGUUGGGGAUAGGAAUUGAGGAUCUGUUGGAGGAGUUGGAUUUGGAUAGGCCAUAUGGCAGGUAUUGA